AUGCAAGUCACGAAAAUUGUUUCAAAACAGCGACCUAGGUAUAGACAGGCACGCAUUUUCAUUCCACUACUUCUUCCAAUGUUACUUGGCGUCGCAUCAUUACAUCCAAUCGCUACUGCGCUUACUCUUAUCAUAUGUUUGGUCAUAUGUUUUAAUGUCGUUAUUGCAGUAGCUCCACCCACUUGUCGCUUGGAGAAUACUUUUUUUGUCUAUAAAUCGUCUGAUAGUUCUGACGGGUUUCUAAGUGAUACCAGUUUAAUCUACAAAUGCUCAGUUAUCGCUUCUUUGAUAUGGUAUUUCACAAUGCUCGUACCUGUAAAUCUGGAGAAUAAGUUGGUCUAUAGCGAAAUAAUAAUGUACAAUAUUGUCGUUGUGGUUUGUCUACAUCUUGUGCAAAUUGUACGAAAUGUACGUGCACGCAAUCUGACGCAUACAAACCUGUCAAAUUCUCAAUAUCUUGAAAAUAAACCCGAGAAAAAUGGAAGUAGACUAACUAUAUUUGGGUUAUGGAAACACACUGUAUGUUUAUUUCGUGAUACCGAUAGGCAAAACUUUGAAGGAGAUUGGCAUUUUUCCUGGAUGAAUAUAUUUGUCGGCAAUUCUAAUCGAACUUGGUCCAUCAUUCUAUUGACUAUAUGUGUUGCGCUUACUUUCUACUCCACUAAUUUAGCCCUCACAUCUGUAUGCACUCCAAAAAUAUAUUACGAUUGGUUUUUACUUCCACAUGAUUGCACCUUCAUUUAUGAUGUUUAUAGCAGGGCAUGGGUGUUUGUUACAGGACUGUUUUGGUUAUUGACGUCUAUUAUACCUAUCAGUUUUCUUUUCCACGAGCUUGCUGUUUAUGUCCAGCGCCGUUCAAGAAACUAG